ACAAAUGCCAAAUGUGCCAAAUGCCAACCGGAGAUUGAAAUUGACUUGUUUUUGUGUAUUGAUUAAAUUAUUUUAAGAAUUUAAAAAACUUGAUAUCUCCGACGAUUUAACAGCUUCAAAGUUUGUGAUUUCUGUGAAUUCGAAAAUUUAAUUCCGCAGAACUUGUAAAAAGAACCAAAAAAAUUAGUAAUAGAGUGCGGGAGCAGCCAUGGCUUUUGCAGGACUUAAGAAACAGAUCAACAAAGCCAAUCAGUAUGUCACAGAGAAAAUGGGAGGCGCCGAAGGCACAAAACUCGACUUGGACUUCGUGGAAAUGGAAAGAAAAACAGACGUAACAUGUGAGCUGGUAGAAGAACUACAGACGAAAACAAAAGAAUUCCUCCAGCCGAACCCCACGGCAAGGGCGAAGAUGGCUGCUGUGAAGGGGAUCAGCAAAUUGAGUGGACAAGCUAAGAGUAAUACCUACCCGCAACCAGAAGGCGUGCUCGGAGACUGCAUGCUGUUGUACGGGAAGAAACUAGGAGAGGACACUGUUUUCUCACAAUGCAUGAUAGAGAUGGGUGAGGCGCUUAAGCAAAUGGCCGACGUGAAAUAUUCUCUUGACGAUAAUAUUAAGCAGAGCUUCCUUGAGCCCCUUCAUCAUUUACAGACCAAAGACCUUAAAGAAGUUAUGCAUCACCGGAAGAAACUGCAGGGACGUCGGCUCGACUUCGACUGCAAACGCCGCAGGCAGGCUAAAGGUGCUCACAUUGCAGACGACGAGAUCCGACAGGCGGAGGAAAAGUUCGCAGAGUCGCUGCAACUAGCUCAGAUUGGAAUGUUCAAUUUACUAGAUAAUGAUGUCGAGCAAGUGGCGCAGCUCAGUUUCUUUGCGGAAGGACUUUUGGAGUACCACCAACAGUGCACGGAGAUAUUAAAAGGGCUGGUCUCCACUCUCAUGGAAAAGAAAGAGGAAGCGGUGAACCGUCCGAAGAUGGAGUUCGUCCCGAAGACGCUGGCCGACCUUCACAUCGAGGGUGUGCACGAUCUAAACAAUGGUAGGCGGUACGGUUCCACGCAGAGUCUGUCCCGGCCCCGCAACCACCUCCCGCCCUCCUCCUCCGUCGGCGACCUCAGCGCAGACCCCCUCCGGGCCUGGGACCUGCCCCGCCCCGAGCCCCGCCCCGAGCCCCGCCCCACCCUCGGCUCCAGACCCGCCCUAGGCUUCAGACCUCACCCGGCGCCGCGGCAAUACAACGGCAAAGAUCCGUGGACAGCAUCGCCGCUACCGUCGCCGGUUAAGUCUCCUGCACGGACGCCUAUGGCGCCGGCGAAGGGACCUUGCUGCACGGCGCUCUAUGACUUCGAACCAGAAAACCCUGGAGAGUUGGGAUUCAAGGAAAACGACGUGAUCACGUUGGUAAGCAAAGUGGACGAGAACUGGUUCGAGGGCUCUAUCAACGGCAAGACGGGAUAUUUCCCAAUCAGCUACGUACAAGUCACCGUGCCGUUGCCAAAUAUGUAAACACAAACACCAUACAUAUUCAUUCCAAUUGUCAAUGAUUCCAGCUUGAGAUUUCACUGCGCAAUUUGUGUUUUGCCUAUCUCAAAAUCACUAUGUAGUUGAUACGGAGUUCUAUUUUAAAAUCACGUAAUAAAUUUAUUAUAAUAAAAAUUUAACAUUUAAAAGAUUUUUGGAAAUAGUUACCUAUUUGUUAGCCUGAAAUGUAAGUAGUAUUGUUGUUUGUAUCGAUGUUCUAAAUAGUAUCCAUAUAUUUAUGAUUCAGUAUUAAAUUGACAAAUAACUACAUUUGUAUCUAUCCGUCGCUCAAAGCUCAAUAUCUAUAAUUAGUAUAGUCAUUUAACUGAAAUAUCCCCAAAUGUAGUAAAAAUCUGUAGACUCUUUGUCUUCCCUUAAGUGGUUUUCCAUUCAUAGUAAAACAGAUCAUCUUGUAUUCAAUUUAAAUUUUAAUCUAUAUUUUUUCCUCGCAGAAAUCCUAAUGAUAGUACAAUAUUAAUGAAACAUUUUUACAAUAUAAAAUGUUUAAUAUAAUCUAAUUUAACUGUUCAACUUAAGUAUAUUCCGAUGUAAAUAGCGACUACUUUCGGGCCAUCGGGGCGAAUGGGGCCGAAAAAAGUGCCCUGAGGAAACACCGCCGACGGGCUCAUAAAUCGGUAUUUUUUACACCGGAAUAGACGCAAGUUAUUGUUUUCCUUAAAAACAUUCGACUAUCGAUUACUAAAAUAUGUGGUUUCUAUAAAUUAAUUUAUUAUUGAACAAUUUUAUGUUUGCAUUGGGGUAAAAUUAAGCUAGGGCAACACAACAUGAAGCAAAGGCAAAAGUGCGCAAAAUGUUUGAAAAUUACUGCAUGUGGUAUUUAUUGUAUUGUCGCCAUUGUUAUAUUUUUUUAAUUUAUGGUGACAUU